GGGGAUCCGGGCCCAGCCGGGGCCGCGGGAGGCGGGGGCGCCCGGGCCCUGGAUGUCCCGCAGCGCGGCGGCCAGCAGCGGACCCAGGAGGCCUGAGCGGUAUUUGCCCCCAGCCCCGUGUGGGGCCCCGGGGCCCCCCGAAGCCUCCAGGACGGAGCCAGAAGGGGCGGGCACCAUGAACAAGUUACGGCAGAGCCUGCGGCGGCGGAAACCAGCCUACGUGCCUGAGGCGUCGCGCCCCCACCAGUGGCAGGCGGACGAGGACGCGGUGCGCAAGGGCACUUGCAGCUUCCCAGUCAGGUACCUGGGCCACGUGGAGGUGGAGGAGUCCCGGGGGAUGCACGUGUGCGAAGACGCUGUGAAGAAGCUGAAGGCGAUGGGCCGGAAGUCCGUGAAGUCUGUCCUUUGGGUGUCAGCCGAUGGGCUCCGAGUGGUGGAUGACAAGACCAAGGACCUGCUGGUAGACCAGACCAUUGAAAAGGUCUCCUUCUGUGCCCCUGACCGCAACCUGGACAAGGCUUUCUCCUACAUCUGCCGAGACGGGACCACCCGCCGCUGGAUCUGCCACUGUUUCCUGGCACUCAAGGACUCCCCAGCCUGUCGCCAGGACAGGACACAUUGGGUGAGGAAGGCAGCACUGGAGGCCGGUCAAAGGGGCUGGGUGGAGAGGAGAAAAUGCCCCCCCCCCGUCAGGUCUCUAAGCACCUGUCUCCUCCGUGUGUCUCCAGCAGAGGCAGCAGCUGCCCCAACUGCGGCUCCUGGCCCUGCCCAGCCUGGGCACGUGUCCCCGACCCCGGCCACCACAUCCCCUGGGGAGAAGGGUGAGGCGGGCACCCCAGUGGCUGCGGGCACCAGUGCGGCCGCCAUCCCCCGACGCCAUGCCCCCCUGGAGCAGCUGGUCCGCCAGGGUUCCUUCCGUGGCUUCCCAGCACUCAGCCAGAAAAACUCGCCUUUCAAGCGGCAGCUGAGCCUCCGGCUGAAUGAGCUACCGUCCACACUGCAGCGCCGCACCGACUUCCAGGUGAAGGGCACAGCUUGGAGACACCCACCUCUCGUGGCCUCAGCUGGCGUGGAAAGUGUUGAUCUGCAUCCAGAAGGCUGGGCUGGUCCCAAAGUGCCUGAGAUGGAGCCCCCGGGCGCCAGUGACAGCGAUGGCAUCAACGCGCUCUGCACACAGAUCAGCUCGUCUUUCGCCAGCACUGGAGCCCCGGCACCCGGGCCACCGCCGGCCUCAGCGGGGACUUCUGCCUGGGGUGAGUCCUCCGUGCCCCCUGCAGCUGCCUUCCAGCCCGGGCACAAGCGGACCCCUUCGGAGGCGGAGCGGUGGCUGGAGGAGGUGUCCCAGGUGGCCAAGGCGCAGCAGCAGCAGCAGCAGCAGCAGCAGCAGCAGCAAGUGGCCUCAGUGCCUCCGGUGGCCCCCGCCCUGCAGCCCUUUCCCGCCCCUGUGGGGCCCUUCGAUGCCACGCCUGCCCAGGUGGCCGUGUUCCUGCCGCCCCCACACAUGCAGCCCCCUUUUGUGCCCGCCUACCCGGGCCUGGGCUACCCGCUCAUGCCCCGGGUGCCCGUGGUGGGCAUCACCCCCUCACAGAUGGUGGCCAAUGCCUUCUGCUCAGCCGCCCAGCUCCAGCCCCAGCCAGCCACCCUGCUCGGGAAAGCCGGGGCCUUCCCGCCCCCGGCCAUGCCCACUGCUCCAGGGAGCCAGGUCCGCCCACGCCCCAAUGGGGCACCCUGGCCCCCGGAACCGGCACCUGCCCCGGCCCCCGAACUGGACCCCUUUGAGGCCCAGUGGGCAGCAUUAGAAGGCAAACCGGCUGUAGAGAAGCCUUCCAACCCCUUCUCGGGCGACCUGCAGAAGACCUUCGAGAUCGAACUGUAGCCUGUGCCGCCCUGCCCACCCCAGCAUCUCCAGGUGCCCACACCUGGGAAUGGAGGCCCAACCUCUCCCUGGUCCCGCUCCCUGGGCCUGCGCCCUCCCCCCAACACCCCCUCUAACCCCUUCCCGCGACCACCCCCCACAACCACUACGGAACCGACAUUGUAACGCCCAGGUUGCGACAGGAUGGAAUUCAGGGACGGACCCAGCCUGGCUAAGGGACCCAUUUCACUGCCAGACUUAGGCUGGCGGUGCCCUUCCCCCACCCCCCUCCAACCCCAGACACAGCGGGAUGGCCACAGUCCCACUGAGCGCCCUCGGUUCAAACUACAUUUCCCAGUUUCUGUUGUUGACCUUCCGCCUUUCAGUGUUGGGUGGGAUGGGGCCCCCCACGAGUGCCCGCCCCAAGUCUGGCCGUCCCCUCCCAGACACAGCACAAGCAAAGGGCUUCCCUCUGCCCACCUGCUGCGUUCACUGCCAAUGCUGUGCUCUCCCCUAUCCCCCCUCUCCCCCACUCGGGCGCCCACAUCUUCCUUGGGCCAAGGUCUCAUGGGGGCAGGGGCCAAGUUGGGGGCCCGGGAGGCAGGGUAGGGGGAAGAGGAAAGAGAUGCUCAGUUACCUCACGUCAGUGCCCGCUGGGGAGGGGUCCGGGAAGAAGGGGGGUGCCUGGCGGGUACUUUUCUAUCUUUUAUUUCCAGAUUUUUUUGUAUCUAAACUCACAGAUUUGUAUUAUACAAGGACAGCCAAUAAAGGAAGAAUAUAAUGGUG